AUGAAGACGCUGCUGCUGCUGCUGGGGGCGACGGCCUUCUGUCUCUGUGUGUUUGUCGCCGCUGACCAACAAGCCGACAAAUCAUCCCCCGAGGAGGAGGAAGUUCUCCAGCUGAAGAAAGGAAACUUCAACAGGGCACUGAGGAAAUAUAAGCAGCUGCUGGUGCACUUCUACGCUCCUCUGUCUGGAGACGGCCAUCGUAUCACGGUCGCGUUCGAAGGCGCUGCUGCAGAGCUUCAGGGGUCAGAGGUCAAACUGGCCGUGGUUGAUGUGGCGAAAGAGAAAGACCUGGCGAAAGAACUCAAUGUGACGGGCCUCGCUGCAAUCAAGCUGUACCUUUCUGGAGACAAAUACAACCCUGAGACUUGUCCUGUUCCUCAGAGCUCGGCGUCCAUCUUAACCUGGCUGAAAAGGAGAGCGGGGUCUGCUGCUGACCUCAUCGCCGAUCUUAGCCAAUCAGAGGCCUCAGAGGAGCUGACGGUGGUGGGCUUCUUUCAGGAGCUGAAUCACGAGUACAUCCAGAUGUUUUACAACGCAGCGGUCGACCUUCCUGAUGUUAACUUUGCUGUGACACAGAACAAUGAAGUUAUCACCAAAUACGGUCUCACACAUGAUGUUGUUCUGCUGUUAAAAAAGUCUAAGCUCAUCCAGGCUUACAAAAUGACGCCUCAGACAUCUAAAGAGAUGCUGAUCGUUUUUAUCACUGUCUACCAGAUGGACCCAGCCACUGAGUACACAGGACAGACCGCCACUCAGAUAUUAGCCUCACCUGUGUUAAACCACGCCCUGCUGUUUGUCAACAAAAGCUCUGCUGCCUUUAAAGAGAUCCACUCGGCCUUCAAUGGUGCUGCGGAGGCGUUCAGGUUGAAGAUUUUGUUUGUGUGGGUGAACGUGGACGAGCCUCGUAACGGCAGGCUGAUGGAGUACUUCCGGGUUCGGGACUUCGAGGCUCCUCUCGUCCGACUGGUCAACCUGACAGACCAUGUGACCUACCACCUGCCCUCUGACACUCUGGAUGUACAGACCAUAACAACAUUCUGCCGGACCUACCUAGAGGGCGAGGCUAAGCCUAAGAUGCAGAGUGAGCCGAUGCCUGAAGGAUGGGACAAAACGCCGGUGAAGGAGCUGGUGGGAAUGACUCUGGAGAAAGUCGGCUUUAACCCCAACAAGACUGUUUUUGUCCUAUUCUAUCUUCCCUACAGUACGAAGUCCCACGCUCUCUUUCCCCUGUGGGAGGAGUUGGCCGAGGCCUUGAAGGCGCGAGAGGACGUGGUCGUCGCUCGCAUCGACGCCUCGGCCAAUGACAUCAACAUGUCGAUACAGGGCGGCUACCCAGCACUCUGCCUGUUCCCUGCUCUGUAUGCUGAAAGAGUGGUGGUGUAUACUGGUACGAGGAAGGUGAAGGACCUGGUGAAGUUUUUAGAUAAAGAGAUGGCGAAAGCCAAAAAAGACAGAGUUAAGGAGGAUGAAGACAGGAGGAAGUACAUCGAGGCUGCAAAAGCUGAAGACGCAAAAAAGGCCAACAAAACCAAAGACGAGCUUUGAUAGAGAAACAAAGAGAGUAGUGUGUGUG